AUGAAUAUUAAUAUCUAUGAUGAAGCUAGCUUAAGCUUGUUAUCAACAUCAAAUUUUCAUGAAAAGCAUACAAUAUCUUCACUUAAUAAGCAAAAAUAUAUCAAAUAAAAAUACUUUUCAGAAUCUGAAUUAAUCAGUUAAAAUGAAAUCAAAUCACAGAGAAUUCGUCCUAAUAGUGAUAUGUAUCAAUCAGGAAUAAAUUUUUUAAAGCAUAAACAAGAGAAAUAAGACUAUCUGUCACUAAAAUUGGAAGAGGAAUUCAAAAAGAAAUGUACUUUUCAACCAUAAUUAUCAUAAACAUCUCGUCUACUAUCAGCUAGAUUAAAUGCUUCUUAAAUGAGUCGGUCUACAAAAAACAUGAAUAAGGAAGGAGCUUUAAAUGUUGAUUCAUAAACAAUGAAACUAGAAUAAGAAUUGAUAGAGUGUACGUUCUCACCGAAAAUUCUCAAAACGACUUAAGAUAUAUUUGAUCGAAGAAAACCUAUGUAUGAAAGAAAUACGGAAUGGAAAGACCAAGUUUAAGAGAAACAGGUUUAAACUUAAUUAAGAAGAGAAUCUAUUCUUAAAUCUAAAGUAACAGCUACUUAGAUACCAAAAUAAAUGGAUCUUAGAGCAGCACAUGCAUUAAAAAAGAAUUUUUCUAUGAAAUAUCUAAGAAAAUCAAUGAUGGGGUGA